AUGCCCUUUUCAAUCCGCUCAUCCCUCAAUCGCCUACACGGCCGCCACUGUCGGCCCUGUAAAACCGACAUCUACAACCCCCAACUCCCCAACAAGAAAAAGAUCCCCCAAGAAACCAUCUCCUUCCAAUCCCUCGUCGAAAAGUCCUACACCGCCACCAUUUGCGCCAAACCCUACAUCAUCAAACGAAGCCUCCAUGUUAUCGUCGGCCAACCGAUUACUGUGCACCUCACCUACACCAAAAAUAAACACGAGCACGAACAUCUCUAUUUCGAUUGGGGGAAACCGGAGAGGCGGAAUUUGGAUUUCCAAAAGGAAGCAAUUGACAUCCAAGAAGAUCGUGGGAGAUCGUGGGAGCUGGCUGAGAGGGUUUCGCCGGAAAAGGGGAAGAAAAUGGUGAUUAAAAGGGGGUUUGUGGUUACGCCUGUUGAUACGGAUAUUUGUCGUAGUGUGUAUCCGAGUAGUCCGACGAGAUAUUGGAAGGCGAAACAUAGUUUGUGGAGGGAAUAUGUGGAUUUGUAG